AUGAGUUCCUGGAAUUAUGGAGGAUCUUCUUCGUCUAAUCCAAUCGAUGACGAACCUAUCAUUCCAGACAUUGUCGAAGACUUUACUUCCGAUGAUUUUGAGGAAGACAAUGCAGACAAUCAAGAAAUUGUCCCGAUUCCUCCUAUGGAUUACAAUCCCUAUGGGGAAGUCCAACUACAAGAAGGCAUGCAAUUCGAUUCUAAAGAGGCAACGGUGUCUGCCAUCAAACAUUAUCACAUCACUAAUGGAUACAACUUCAAUGUGGUAGAAUCAAAACCGCAUCUUUAUGUUGCACGAUGCAUCCAUUACAACAAUGGAUGUCAAUGGCAUUCGACCCAAAUUGCUUCCAUUGUUUUUCAUUUGGUCCGCACAAAUCCAAGCAUUCGCAUCAAAAGCUUGGUCGCUGACAUCAAAAGUCGUUACAGAUACACAGUCACAUAUAGAAGAGCAUGGAUUGCGAAGGAGAAAGCAAUAACAAUGGAGUAUGGUGAUUGGGACCAAUCUUAUAAUGAAGUUCCCAGAUGGUUACUAGCUGCCCAACAAACCAAUCUUGGGACAAUUUUUCAACUUUCCGGUCCUCCAGUUAAUAUUGAUGCUGAGGAUGGAAGUUCCACAUACAUUAUGAAACGUUGCUUCUGGGCAUUUGGACCUUGCAUUGAAGGUUUUAAGUAUUGUAAACCUGUUGUUCAAGUGGAUGGAACCUUUUUAACAGGCAGAUAUCAUGCCACCUUGCUAACUGCAAUUGCUCAGGAUGGAAAUAGAAACAUAUUUCCUUUGGCAUUUGCAAUAGUAGAAGCUUAUGAAGUCAAACAACCUAUCGUGCAAGCAAAACUUUCAGCUAUGAGGUCCCAAUUCCCACAAGCAGUAGCUUAG